AUGAACAUGUGGACUGCCUGCGCCGCGGUAUCGUCGACCACGGUCCCCAGCCUUGCCAUCGAUCCGCUCAUCACCAGGCUGCUCCGCGCAAACGGAGCAGCGGCAUUUCCGCCGAGCCUUGACGAGAUCAACGCUGCGGCUGAGGGGCUCACCGUCUGGCGCCAUGCGCUCGCGGCCGGCCGCCUGCCAGAUUACGGAGGCACAGACGGUGGGUUGCCGCCCUGGCCACCACAGCCACUGCUCGGCACGCUGACCGACACGCUGAGCCGCCUCAGUCUGCCGCGAGCGACGGCGCGGCACCCGUCGCUCGUCCCGGCAGCCCUCGCCGCCGUGCUCGCCGCUGCGUCUGAAUUCGACGCGCGUCGGGUGGCCGCGAUAGCGCUAUCCGUCGAGUCGGAGUGGGCUUCGCCGCUGCGCGGCGUCCGCGCCGUCGAGGGCUUGGGAGGUGGCAGCGGUGGCGACGUCGGCGCGCUGACUGCUGCGCCAGGCGACAGCUUCAGCCUGGCCGACGGGCUGUGGCGGCACUCGGGCUGGAGUGCUCUCGAGGGUGUGCAGGCGAAGCUGCGCGAGCUGGACGAGCUCAGCGAGCUGGUGGCGAGCCUCGGCCAGCGGGCCGCGCCGGAGGGCACUCCCAUCCGCGGGCCUGCAGCCGCGCCCUCUGCCGCGCUGAGCGAGCUCUCCCCGCGCGAGCUGUCCGGCCUGUCGUAG